AUGAGCAGUGCAACAAUUGAUGAUGUUUACGACGCAUGUGAACGUCUGGAUAAGGCCCAAAUUAAGGAUGCCAAAGAUUACAAAGUUUUCAUUUCGGGCACCAAAGGGAACGAUGGAAAGGUGAAAAAGCUUUGUGCACACAUGAUCGUUCGAUAUUGGCAAGAUUUCACGGAUUUACGAAAUGUGGCAUUUUAUUCACUGGUUUCAUUAUUGGAAGAUCGAGAUCCUGACAUCCGGAAGGCAGUGAUUCGCGAAAUACCACAUGUAGUUAAAUCUGGAGAACUUGUUGAUAAAAUUGCUGAUGUAUUGUCGCAGAUGCUGCAACAGACGGAUGAACUCCAGGAAAUAGCUAUGCUUACAAACGUCCUUGUUCAAUUCCUGAAAUCUCAUCCGAAAGAUGUACUUUCUGCGAUAUUUAUUAAUAUUGUGAAGUCGGAGGAGGAGUCUGUACGUUUGCGCUUAUUGAAAUUCAUCCAGUUGCAUGUACGUGACAUUCCGAUUCAUUUAAUGAACGAGGACUUAAUGCUAUCCAUCGAACAUCACAUCCGAGAGGUGCUUAAAGAUAUCACAGCUGUGGAAUUCGACUUAAUUUUUAAUUUCAUGCGUUCAUUGGAGUUUUUCCGAACGACAAAAGGGCGCAUGAUACUGUACAAAAUCGUUGUCGAUCAAAUGCAAAUUGAUGAACCAUUCCCUGCUAACGAUCCUCAACGUUUUGAUCAGAUAUUGUAUUUCGUUGAACGAGCGCGAUUACUCCUCUCGGUUAAUUAUCGAAGUACUGAACUGGUGAACUUUAUGAUAUCUAAAGGCAUUCCUGUACUUGAAGAAGUAGAUGCAGCAUUACGUAUUAGAUUUUUGCGAGCUUUGGUUGAACUUGCUCCAUUUUCGAAAUCGUUAGAACGUAGUGAUUUAAUGAUCUUGGCUGAUUAUUUUUCGAAGCUUAUUCCUCCACUUCCAUCAGAACGUUCUGAUGCAAAUGUGAGAGAUGUGAAUACAUCUUUGGAACAAGAAUUACGUCUUAGCGAACUGGAAACAACAUCUUUAGCUUUCGCAUCGUUCUGUAGAACAGACAAAACAGCUUUUGAUUAUACAUUGGAACAUAGCAAGGAUUCAGCUAAUUGGCGAAAAAGAAUCAUUUAUUUGGGUCGAUUGUUGCAACAGUAUAUCGUUUCGGCCAAUUCUGAAUUACAGAAAAUGCGUAAAUUGGAACCCUCCAAACGAGAUGCGAAUCAGUUUUCAUUCCAACAAAAUUCCCUGAAAAUGGCAGAAAAUACUCUUCAUUUGACAAAAAUGCUUGUUCAUAAAUCUCCUUCCUUUAAUUUUGUUAUAACACCAAGCUGGAAGACAGAAAAUAGAAAGCGCGACCACGAAUGGGAAACUAAGAUGGAGCAGAAACGGAAAAGACCUCUUCCUGAUGUCUAUGUGCCACCUGGCGGAAAAUAUAGUGGGAUGCUAAGUCGAGGUGGCAAAAAAAAUAGUGCAAGAGGACGCUUCAAUCGGCGCUGA